AUGAUAGUAAGAAACGCCGCCGUGCGGCAUGGUCGCCGCUCGCUGGCAUCGGCCAUGACGAUAUGCACCCAUCGAUCCAUGUCGACCGAGAUGAAGACGGACAACGCCAACCCCCCGUCGCAGGGUUGGCCGGGCGCCACAGCGUCGACGGUGGCCGUGCCUCGGCUGCCGACCUCGUCGAAGAGGAAGAAGCAAAAGAUUGUGCAAGAGGUCAUCAUGAGCCUCGGCGCCGACUCGUCGCAGGAGCACCAGGGUGCUGCGUGGACGAGAGCGCACCAGAUCGGCACCGAGACGUUGACGCCGGCGCAGCAGUUUGCCGAGUUCCAGCGCAUCCAGAAGAAGACGCGGAGUCUGGGCUCCCGCGUGGAAAGACGAUACGUGCCGACGGAGCUGAUCAAAAACCCACCCUCGGCCGAGGAUGUUACAUUGGAGCUUCUGAUGGCAUCACAAACGCACAUGGGCCACAACACGUCGCUGUGGAACCCGGCCAACUCGAGGUACAUAUUCGGCGUGCGCCAGGGAAUCCACAUCAUCUCCCUCGAGACGACGGCCGCUCACCUUCGACGGGCGGCGCGCGUCGUCGAGGAGGUGUCGUACCGCGGCGGCAUCGUCCUCUUCGUCGGCACUCGCAAGGGGCAGAUGGAGAUUGUGACCAAGGCAGCGCAGAUGGCGGGUGCGUGCCACCUGUUCACCAAGUGGACGCCAGGUGCCAUCACGAACCGUGACGUGAUCCUGAAGGCGCAAGAAACCAAGGUGGUCGAUCAGCUCGACGGCGAGCUCGACGGCUUCGACAUGUACAAGGGCAUGGCAAGGCCGCUGCUUCCCGAUCUGGUGGUCUGCCUGAACCCGCUGGAGAACUACACGAUGCUGUACGAGUGCGGGCUGAAAAACAUUCCCACCAUCGGCGUCAUCGACACCAACGUGGAUCCCUCGUGGGUCACGUACACGAUCCCUGCCAACGAUGACAGUCUUCGGUCCAUGGCCACCGUCGCCGGCGUUCUCGGGAGGGCGGGCGAAAAGGGUCAGAAGCGACGAUUGGCAGACGCGUCCCGAGGCAGCGUUUCAUGGAACACGUCGCCGGAGCUGAACCGACACAUGAUCAAGGAGAAGCGUGCGGCCGUGUUGAAGCGGAAGGAGGUCAUGGGUCGGAUGCAAUCCAACGUCCAGGGCUUCACGGAGGAGGAGCAGAACAUACUGCGGUCACAGUACGACGGUGUCGAGCUGGACGUGAGCGAGGAAGAGAUGGUAGGGAUGAUGGGCGAGGCCGUCGACGCCUCGUCUCGGCAGGCCAGCCAAGAGAACGGGACAAGCGGCCGGUUGGACGAGCUGGCGGCCCAGCUGGAGGGACUGCGGGCGGCCGCGGCGGACAUUGAGACGGCCGUCAGGGGCCGCAACAAGACGGAGUAG